CCCCUGCACGUAUCGCUCCAUUGUAGAGCACGGCCGGCCGACAUUCACAAACGCGCGCUGUCGCCAGGAAGCCCCGAGCCCGAGCCAGCCCAAGCGGACAACAAAGGUUCGCUACGAGACGCCAUAGAGCCGCGACUGCACACGCAAUCUUUUUCUUCUCUUCCUCCUUUCCCGAAGAGCAAAAAAGGGGAAUCAUAGUCCGGCAGCAGCAACGUUGAGGGCGGUCGUGAGCGUCGCCCAUCAUGACUUCCUGCUGAGCAAAAGGAAGUGACCAGGCAGAGAGGAGGAGCCAGUCGAGCGCUUUGCUGCGGGGUGUAAGCCCCUCCCCCUGCGUGAGGAGUAUGCUGCGCUCGGGCGCAGUCGGGAUGUGGGCUGGGCUGGCGGCCCUGCUGGUGGCGGGAGUGGGCAGGGCCGGGGCGGAUGUGGCGCCCGGUCGGCUGGAGGUGUCCAUGAGCGAGGCGGAGCCCAGUCGGCUGGAGGCAUCCAUGAGCUCGUUGCUCCUGCGGGACUUGCACGCCGCUGCGCCCACCGCCCGCCACUGCUUGCCCAACGCCUGGGCUGCAGUGGGGCGAGUCUUCAGCAUCCGAUUGCCCGGCCGGAUGGACGAGCUCCCCCUGAAGAUCUCCGAGUCCGGCACGGACGUCCUUCCAUCCUGGCUACACUGGGAUGCCCCCCGCAGGACACUGUGGGGGCUGCCGCUGGAUGAGGACAAAGGCACCUAUGAGAUCUCGGUCGGCGUGUCCAAUGAGUCGCUUUCUUUCUCGGAAGUCCUCUUCAUUGAGGUGGGUCCCCAGGAUCCCUCGGCUGCCAACGGAGCGGGCGCCGAGUGGUCGUGCGGCCCGGACCAAUCAGUCACCGUGCUGACGGUCAUCCUGGAUGCUGACUUGACCAAGAUGAGGUCCCGCCAGAGGGUGGCGCUGCUGGACGACAUGAGGAGCUUCUCAGGGGUGGAGCUCCCCCUCAUGAGGCUUGACCCCGUCGUCGACAACAGGCUCUUCGACAUGUCUGCCUUCAUGGCGGGACCGGGAAACGCCAAGAAGGUGGUGGAGAACGGGGCUCUGCUUUCGUGGAAGCUCGGCUGCCAGCUAGACCAGAGCAGCGUACCUAACCUGGCCGUCGUCGAGGGUCCGGCCAAGGGAGGCAUCAUGUCAGCCAAGCUGGGGUACCCUGUGGUGGGCUGGCACGUGGCCAACAAAAAGCCUCGCUUGGCCAAGCGCGUUGGGCGCCAACUGAGCAACACGCCCACGCCGGCCCUGACAUCACUGCCGCCUUCCUCGGCGGAGGAGCCACCCGUUCGUGUUAUCCCGACGCUAUCGUCGCUGUCCAUUGCGACGCCCCCACAAAGCUCGGCGCCACCCGUGCGGGGUCCCGUCCCGUUGCCGGGAAAACCCACCAUUCGAGUUCGGGACCCGGUGGCUUCCACGCCCACCCCGGAACCGCCUCGACCCACCAAGGCGAUGGAGAGCACCGUCGAACCGACCGCCACCAGGCCCAUCUACGUGGAAGCCACCGCCACACCGCCCGCGCCCACACGCAAGGCCACCAAGAAGCCCAAACGGCCCAAGACCACGGCGGCACCCCACCAGCCCAAAGCGUCCUCGCCCACAAAGCCUUCGCUGUCAGAUGCGUACAAUGAAAAGCCAGUUUUGCGUAACCCCAUCGACCAGGUGAACGCUCUGGUAGGAACGUACUUUGAGGUCAAGAUCCCUUCGGACACUUUCUUUGACAAAGAAGACGGAACCACCGACAAGCUGCGGCUGAGCUUGAGGAAGAACCCCAAUGAAGUGGUGGGAGAAGUUUCCUGGAUCCAGUUCAACAGCACCAGCCAACUCCUCUAUGGGCUACCCGACGCGCAUCACGCUGGCAAGCAUGAGUACUUCAUGCAGGCCACCGACAAAGGAGGCCUGAGCGCCAUCGACGCCAUCGAGGUCCGCGUGAGCCGCUGGCCCGCCGAUGACAAGAGUCCCGUGGUGUUUGCGGCCCGACUGGAGGGAGAGCCGCGCCGGGUCACCAACGACAUCCACAAGAAGAUCCUUCUGGUGCGGAAGCUGGCCUACGCCAUGGGGGAGCGCAACAGCAGCACGGUGAGCCUGAGGAAUAUCAGCAAGGGCUCCAUCCUAGUGGAGUGGACCAACAGCAGCCUCCCGCACGCGCCCUGCCCCAAGGAGGAUAUUGUGAGCCUGAGUCGGAUGCUGGGCGACGCUGACGGCAGGCCCACGCCCAACCUUCGCCGUGCGAUGGAGCCUGAUUUCCGACCCCUGGGCAUCACGGCCAAAGGGCAGGCCGCCUGCCGGGCCUUCUCCUUCAUCCCGCCAGGUGAGACGGCGCCGCCCGUCGGUGCUGCCGUCAGUCCGGCCCCAGGGACCGGGCGGGAGAGCGCCGACGACGUCUACCUGCACACUGUCAUACCCGCGGUGGUUGUGGCGGCCGUCUUGCUGUUGGCCGGACUGGUGGCCACCGUUUGCUACCGGAAGAAGCGCAAGGGCAAACUGACCCUGGAGGACCAGGCCACUUUCAUUAAGAAGGGCGUGCCCAUCAUCUUUGCCGACGAGCUGGAUGACUCCAAGCCGCCGCUGCCCUCAUCCAGCGCCCCACUCAUCUUGCUGGAGGAGAAGCCGCCCCUGCCGCCUCCUGAGUACCCCGAGACCGGCCCGCCCUCGACGGUGCCCCUCGACCGCCGGCCACCAGGCGAGUACGCAGCACUCCGAGACCAUGACCCCAACGCCCCGCCCUACCAGCCGCCGCCGCCCUUCGCCUCGCCCUCGGAGGGCAAUGGCUCACGCCCCAAGAACAUGACUCCGUACCGCUCGCCGCCACCUUACGUGCCGCCCUAAGGGGCCACCGGGGGAGGCGGUGUCCUUUGGCAGGACUACUGGUGUUGUCGGGUGACCCCGCACACCCGACCUUCACUGGCGUUUUCUUUUCACCUUUUUGCCAGCCUUUUUUCUUUGCAGGUGCUUCCUAACAGCAAGGUAUCAUGUGUGUGUGUGGGGAAGGGGGGGUGGGGGAGGGAGGGAGCAGGUGGUUAUGAGAACGCCUCAUUACUGCCUCCACAAUUCCGACAUAUUUUCAACGUGGACAGUGUGUCACGCUUGAAUGUGCAUUUGUAUAGCAGACAAAUGUGUACAAAAAAAGACAUCACAAACAUGAACCAGCGUCAUUCACGGGUGCUAAGAUGAUGAUGGUGACGUUUGGGCUCGCAUAUAUUUUUGUACUUUACACGUUGACAGGUAAAGUCUUCAUCUUUUUUAGGACUUUUGAUACAAAUUUGCUUUCUUUGACAAUUGGUCGCCAAGCGCAAAGAUGAUGACAAUAGUGAUUGUUGUUGUUAGGUAAGCGUUUGAUAGAUUUUGCUUCUUCUCUCUUUGAAUGUUUGCGCAGAUUGUUUGGCAAUAAUAACAAGCUUUGUUUGCUUUCCAUAAUAAAAGUCAACUUGCUACCACA